AUGGUGAAAGAAGCCAAAUCUACGCGAAAUCGGGUUAAAACGGGGUGUCUUAAAUGUAGAGAGAUUCAUAAGAAAUGUGAUGAACUCAAGCCAAAAUGUCUGAGAUGUGUUAAACGAAAUAACAACUGCAUUUGGCCCUCUUUGAGUGGCAGGUUUGUGAACAAGGUGGUAUCGAACGGAACAAAUAACUCAACAAAAGAAGAGUCUCUUAAAGUUUAUUCAAAACGUCUUCAAGAAACACUCAACAAUAAUGAGACCCAACGGACCCCUCCUAUGAUGUCGACUACUACUCCCAAGCUUCACAACAUUAUGAAUACGGGAGAACAAGAUGGUAUGAGAUACGAACUUCUUUCUCCAUCUCGUUCGAUGUCUCACAGCAACUCUAUCAUGAAAAAUGAACCCCAGUCCUUGGUGCCGUUUGUCGAUCAAUUUUCAGCUGAUGAACCACCGAAUGAAUUGCUGGACAUAUCUACCGAUCUCAGUCCGUUUCUACAUUAUAGAAGCUUACACAGAACAUUUAGAGAUUAUAUCUUUACAAAUGUUGCAUCGUCAUCGAUGAAUUCUCCUGCCGACGUUCUGGCGGUGGACUUCACUAAUAUCUUACAAUCUCCCAUGCCUGAGUUGUUGAAAGACUCUAGCACUCAAUUGACGGGAGAACAACCAACGAACACAACCUUUAAGGAACAAAUUACAGAAAGUGAAAAGUUGGAUUUAUACAAAACUUACCUUUACGAGAUUGCACCAUGGCUUGAUAUGUUCGAUGGCUCUAGGCAGUUUGGGACCGUCAUUCCUCUGCUUGCGACUAGAAGCGACGCAUUGUUUUACACCAUUUUAACCAUUGCUUCGAGACAAAAGGAACAACGAGACAACAAGUAUUCUCCCAGUAUAACCUUGUCGUUGUAUCGUGAUUCGCUCAGAUACCUAAUUCCCACCGUUAAAGAUUGCUUGGAUACCUCGAUUAUCUGCGCUUGUGUUAUUCUCUGUGUCUUGGAGCUCAUGUCUUCAUCUCCUAAAACCUGGAGGUACCAUCUUGAAGGAUGUGCUUCUCUUUUCAAGACACACAAUAUCCAUGGUUUUUGCGAACCUCUUCAGAGAGGACUUUUCUGGUGCUAUGCUCGAAUGGAUGUCAUUUCCGCAGUUAUAGGGGAGCAACCCACUUUGAUACCUUCGGAAAAAUGGUUACCCAAUGAUUGCAGUGUAUCCGACCUGAAAUCGCUAUUCACCUCUUUUGGAAACCAGGAGGAUAUGUAUGCAAAUUACAUGGUUUUUUUAUGUGCUCGAGUUCUCAACUUGAUAGCAAAUGAUAGAGAAGACUAUGCAAUUGAAUGGAAACAAGUAUGGGACGAAGUUAGUGAAUGGCACAAGAAUCGGCCUUUUCAACUAAUGCCUAUAAUGGAAACCGAACAAACUCCUUUUCCCGGUAUACUCUAUAUGAAUGGACCGGCAAUUUCUUCGAAUCAACUUUACCAUAUGACUGUGAUUCUUUUGACCCAAAACAAGCCCCGGGCUCACAAAAUCGUAUUUCUGGAGCAUGUACGGUCUCCAGUUUGGCAUGCUAAAAGAAUAUGUGCUAUUAGUCUUCACAACGAGCACCAUGGUUCCUGGAACAAUGCGUUGCAGCCUCUUUGGAUUGCGGGUCAAUUGCUUAGUAGUAAAGAGGAACAUGAAAUUGUGCUAAACUUGUUACAUAAAAUCGAGUCCACCACUGGCUGGCAGCUGGGGUUUCGAGCGAGAGAUUUGGAGGCUUAUUGGAACGGAGAUAAUUCUCCAUCUACAUGA